AUGGUACAACGCCAUACUCGUUGUAGUACUAGCUAUUGUUUAAGAAAGAAAGGUAAAGAUUCUGACUUGAAAUGUAGAUUUCACUUUCCAUUUAAUAAUUGCCCACAAACAAAACUGGAAUUUGAAAAAGUUCACAGUAAGAACAACACUGAAGUACAAUACAGAGCUAAGAUUGUUACUAAGCGCAAUGACAGUAGGUUGAAUAAUAACCAGCGAGUCCAACUUCAAGGCUGGAGAGCCAACUGUGACAUACAAGUUGUCAUUGAUCACUAUGCUUGUGUUGAAUAUCUUACUAAGUAUGCCGCUAAAGGUGAACCCAGAUCACCAAUACUAAAACAAGCUUUCAACUCAAUAGUUCAAAGUGCUGACUCAGCCAGUAAUCCACACAAAGCUAUAAAGAAAGUCAUUAUGAAAACUCUUGGCGAAAGGGACUAUGCUGCACAGGAGACUAUGCAUUAUUUACCAUCAUUGAAAUUAAAUAGCUCAUCUUUCAAUGUUAUACCAGUGAGUUUGAAUGGCUCACGUAGAGUACAUAUUGAUUCACAAUGUGGUGAUUUACACACUGAUAAUUCAGUGCUUGAUGCCUAUGCUAAUCGUCAGACAUAUGACAAUUCCUCCAGUGUACGAGCUAUGAAUUUUGUUGAAUUUACAACUAAAUUUAAAGUUGCGAACGGUAAAUUGACAGAACAUCCACCAAAUGUUGUACCACGCAUAUUUCCAACUUACUCCUCUAAUCCUAGAGGAUCUAAUUUCUCAACCUAUUGUAAAUACCAGCUUUUGAGAUAUAAACCAUGGGUAUUAACUAAAGAUAAUGCAUGGAAUGACCAGGAACCAUCUGCAGAGGUAUUCAUUACUUGUUGGCUUGAAUUUCUUCAAACACCAUAUGCACAGGCUAAUGUACCUGAUUGGUUUGACAAACUUCAGGAUGUUAUUCACAAUCAGGAUGAGCCUGAUAGUGAACCUGUUGCUGAACCUUGCAAUAAUACUCGUGAAGAAUGGAUGAUAAUAUCAGAUCUCCAUAUACCAUUUGAAAAUAGUAGUGAAGACCCAUCAUCAUUGCAUAAUUGUUGGCAACAAGAUAGAGCUGAAUAUAAUGAACAACAGAUCGGCGAAAUGCCUACAUGGGUUAAAAACCACAAAGAACAAUCAACCGACAUUUAUCAAGUUGUAGACAUAGAUAGUUUCAGUGAAAUGCAGAGACUUGCUUAUGAUAUUGUUAAGAAUCAUUACAUAGACAUUUCAGUAGAGAAAGAUCCUCUCUGUCUUAUAAUUAUAGGAGUAGCAGGGGUAUAA